GUUUGUUAUCGAGAAAGAAGCGACAAAACAAAAGCCUUCGUAAGAAGUUGGAAAAUAUGAAUAGAGUGUGGAACAGUUGCUCCAGCCAGCUGCAGGACAAACAAUCUGUGUGGCGUGAGACUGUAAGAAAUCCUAGCCUCUGUCGCAUUAGUGCAUUCAGAUCUCAAGCAUAAGGUGUGUGUGCAUUGUGGCCACCACCUGUGACUGCCCGUCUUCCUACUCCUCCUCCUCUUCCUCCUCCUCCUCCUCCUCUUCCUCCUCCUCCUCCUCCUCUUCUUCCUCCUCUUCCUCCUCCUCUUCUUCCUCCUCCUCCUCCUCUUCUCAUUCCACCUCUUUAUUCCCUUCACCUUUAUCCCGUUUCCUUGAGUCUUCCUCUUCUUCAGAUUCUCGUUUUCCUGCCUUCUUGUCCUCCUCCUCCUCUUCCAUUUCCUCCUGCUUCUUUUCCUCAACGCCCCUGCGCUCCUCUUCCUCCACCUCCACGGCCCCGCCUCGCUGCACCAUCACAGCCCAACAAAUGUUCGAUUGGGAGGAAGGGGAUCGUUUCUCCUUCGAGGACUCGGAGCGAUUUGAAGAGGACUCACUAUGUAGCUGGAUUAGCGAGCCCGAGUCCCUCGUCAACAAUUGGAGGGGAUGGAAGCGUUCAGAUAAAAUCGCCUGUCUCCUGUAUGGCCGCAACAGAGAUCAAGAUGGCAGAGUACAUUCUCUCACAGAGAUGUGUGCCCGCACAGUGGCGGCGCACAUCCCUUUUGAAGUGGUCGAACAGAUGAUGCCACCCGUGCCAGAGCAGCUACAACUUCUUAUUGCAUUUUGGAGCUUCCCGGAAAAUGAGGAGGACAUUAGGCUCUACAGCUGCCUGGCCAACGGGAAUGCCGACGAAUUUCUCCGAGGGGAAAACCACUACAAACACAAGAGCGUCCAUGAUCCGUUGCAGAUUGGUUUCCAUCUGAGUGCUACUGUAGCACCAUCAGCUUCUGGAACAAAGGGGCAGUUCAAUGUAGCAGUAACAUUUGACAGGGGUAGGAUCACAACAUGCAAUUGCACAUGCUCUGCCAAUGCCUCUUGGUGUUCACACGUCGUUGCUGUCUGCCUCCACCGUAUCCACCAGCCCAACCAAGUGAAACUCCGUGCUCCUGUGAGCGAGUCAUUAUCACGGCUACAGAGAGAUCAGCUACAGAAAUUUGCUCAGUACCUCAUCAGUGAGCUGCCACAACAGAUCCUGCCAACAGCACAGCGGCUCAUUGAUGAAAUCCUCUCUAGUCAAACAUCUGAUAUUAAUACAGUUUCAGGGGCACCAGACCCUACUGCUGGUGGAUCAGCCAACGAGCAAAUGGCCUGGUGGCUAGACGAGAGCAACCUUCACGAGAACAUUCACAAGAUCCUGGUCAAAUUUUGUGUGCCAUCUCCCAUUGUUUUUAGCGACGUCAACUACUUGAGUUCGACAGCCCCACCAGUGGCUGCAGAAUGGUCAUCCUUGCUGAGACCACUGAGGGGAAGAGAACCCGAAGGCAUGUGGAACCUUCUCUCCAUCGUGAGGGAGAUGUUUAAGCGAAAUGACCGCAAUGCCAUUCCCCUCCUGGAGAUCAUUACAGAGGAAUGCCUGGCUACAGAAAAGAUUUUGGUUUGGUGGGUAAAUACAAAGGUUGCCCUGCACAUGGGGAGUUCUGGCCAUGGUGGUAAGAACAACAUGAACUCCAACAGCCAUGGAAGCCAGUAUGCUUGCUCAUCUCUCUGUGAUGAAAUUGUCGUUCUGUGGCGUCUGGCAGCGCUUAACCCAGCUUUGUCACCUCAGGAGCGUGAGCAGCUUAUUGCCAAGUUCAAAGGCUGGCAUCUCAAGGUUUUAGAGAAGGUUGCAAAGAGCAAAGAAACAGGUACAAAUGGUGGAGGCGGAAGCAACAAGAGAGGCACUGAUGUUGACGUAUUCCCAGGGUUCAAGCCAGCAAUAGAACCUUGUUACCUUGACUGGAAUGAUUACCCUCUUCCAGGAGUUACAUAUUCCCACACAGCUUCUCGAUAUUAUUGUCCAGUCAUGCGGUUUAGGCAUGAUUCUCGACACGAGUCACAAGCAGCACCCAUCUCAGCACCACACCCAAGAAAUCCUACAUCACACGCCGGGCCAAAACGGCCUUCAGAGCGGCGUGUGCUUAUCAGUUCUGGAAAUGCAGGUGACAAAGAGAACUUGGGUGCUGGUGUCUCUUUAGCAGGUCAUAGACACAGUGGUCAUCGGAGCAGUAGUGUUAGUAGUGAAGGCUUUUGCGACAAUGACCUGGGCCGUGACAGUGACUCUCCACCAGAUCAAAGGUCACCUGAACAAGUUGACUCAGGCCAGGUGUCCCGACAGAGUUCAAGAGAGGAUCGUCCCAUGGGAGCUCUAGGUCUGGUGGCAGCCUUUGAUCGUUCAAGAGACGAUAGGGAUAAAUCAUCUCCUGAUGAUGGUGGAGCAGAGUCCGACUGGUCUGGUGUUGCAGAACCAUCCAGAAACCAGAGAAGCCGGGCAGGUAGUAGAGGGCAGCGAUCCAGAGACCAAAAUGGAGCAGAUGAAUAUGACGUGUAUGUGUAUAAUGCUAAUUUAGUUGGGGAUGGAAAUAGUGUAAGUGAUUGUAGUGGGGCUGAAAGAGGAGCAGAAAUUUUCAAUAACCUGAAAAAGUUCGAAGAUCCCCUUGAGAUACUCUUUGCUCGUGCUGAGGGCCUGCAUGCUCAUGGACAUUUACAAGAAGCCUCUGGACUGGCAGUACAACUAGCACACGAGCUGCUGGCUAACCCUCCAAACCUCAUGAUUGAGCUACCACCACCACCCAGCAAAGGCAAGCGUAAGAAAGUAAACCCAGCAUCACACCAUCUGACUUGUCUAGCCUCAGCCACCUUGAGUAAAUGUGCCUUCCUCUGCACUGUCUUGGCAGAAAACCCUGACCACACACACCUGGCUUUCCAAGUUGCCAUGUUCGGUUUAGAAAUGGCACGACCUCCAGCAUCCACUAAGCCAUUGGAAGUGAAGCUAGCCAACCAAGAAAGUGACUUGGUUUUCCUCCUGAAGCGCCUGCUUCUCGGUCCACUAGAAUUAGCUGUAAUCAGAGAUAAGGCUGAGAAAAUGCGAUCAGGCACACUCAAGUCUCGUGGCGAGGCUCUCCUGCCAUUAAUGCUUGCUUCCUUCCUUUUUGAUGCUCUAGUCAUUGCUGGAAAUAACAAAAGUACAGUUGGAGGUCAGAGUUACCGCCAGCCACAAGAUGAAGCUCUGGGCUUCGAUGCAGCUGUGGCAGCCAUUGGCAUGAAGGCCAAUGUGUGUGAGGCAGACCACCCACUCCUCUGUGAGGCCACAAGAAGACAGAGAGGAGAGUUAGCUCUCACACUGCUGACACACUACAAGGAUGACCAAGACAGACUAGCUCGUAUCAUGGACAAGCUGCUAGACAAAGAGGUGCACCAGAUGUAUAAAGCACCAUCACUGCCCACAUACUAUGUGAACAAUGUGCCCAAUCAGGUAGGCAGGACAACAGCUAUGCUUAUUCAGCAAACAAGUGCUAGUGGCCUUGAGAAUAGUGAGGCAAGUAGCAACAUUAGAGUAGCAGAUUCUCCAGCAGCAGGGGCAGUCAGUAGCAGUCCUAUGCCUGGUGUAGCAGCAGCGGCAGCAGCAGCUGCUGCUGCUGUUGCAGCACCACCCAUACUGGGCACACCGCCAUCAGCACACCCAAGCAACCAAGUACCUGCACCUGUACAACAACAACAACAACAAACAGUACAGAGAGACAGGCAUAAUGCAGGUGGAGCAGAGAUAGAAGGCUCCAUGGCUGGGCUUAGUCUCUCUCCCUCCCAGCCUGUAGGAGGAGCAAGAGCCAAGGAAGGGACGUCAUCUGCUAGGUUUGUGGAGGGCGAGGAAGGGGAGAGCCCGAGCUGGGAGGACGACUAUAAGGCCUGGGAGGAAAAAUGCGCCGGAAAACAGCGCAAGAAACGGAAUCAAGCGUGUACUUUAGAAACUACCUCAACGGGUGCAAACAAACCUGUGGAAUCGCCGCCACUUGGCUACCCAUUGGUACGACCUGUUCCCCAGCCAACGCCCGAAAGCACAACUACAACGCAUCCCAGACCACAGCCUACCUACGGGAAAGGUGUGCGUUUUAAGGGCAAGAGAGCUUAUCCGACUGUGCCCAAUCAACCCUCCGAGGCUAGUGCUUAUUUCAUGUUCGAGUUGGCCAAGACUGUGCUGAACCGAGCUGGGGGAAAUAUUAGCACAUCGCUGUUUACUCAGCCAAGCAGUUCACAGAACCAUAGAGGGCCACAUCGACCACUCCACAUGUGCGCAUUCCAGAUUGGCCUCUAUGCCCUUGGCCUUCAUAAUUGCGUCAGCCCCAACUGGCUCUCAAGAACAUAUUCCUCACAUGUUUCGUGGAUUACAAGCCAAGCUGUGGAAAUUGGGUCGCCAGCAGUUUCAUUUCUUAUUGAUACUUGGGAGGGCCAUCUAACUCCACAAGAAGCUGCAUCAAUAGCAGACCGGGCAUCAAGAGGUCGUGAUGCUGCAACAAUAAAAGCUGCAGCAAAAUUGGCCUUGUCAUGCCUGCCUCAUGCUCAUGCUCUGAACCCUAAUGAGAUUCAGAGAGCUAUCAUACAGUGUAAGGAGCAGAGCGAUGAAAUGCUUGAAAGUGCUUGCUUUGCUGUCGAGGGCGCAGCUAAAGGCGGUGGUGUGUACCCUGAAGUCCUGUUCUCUGUGGCACGACGCUGGUAUGAACUUUAUGAGGCCCGGACAAGGCACCAGGCCCGUCAUCAAGCAAGGACUUCAGGUGGCCAGCAUGCCGGAGAUAUCCCAUUUGAAGAUCCUGGUGCCCCACACAAUCUCCCACUUCCUCCACCUCCACCACUAAAUCCACCCACACCACCAAACCAGCAACAGCAACAGCCACCUAUUCCUCCAAUGGAUGCCCAGUCUCAGCCUGGGUUGCAUCCUCCAGUUUCAGUUGGGAUGAAUGGAAAUGGUGGUGCAGGUGCACUGCCUGGUGUUGCAGGCUAUCCAGUUGCAGCCCCACCUUCUUCGGUGCCAUAUGCCCUCACAGGCAUUCCAUAUCAGCUGGGAUAUAAUUACAUUCAGGGCUUGCCAACAAGUGUAUCAUGCAUCAACCCACAAAUGCCCAUGCCGAUGUAUAUCCAGCCACCAGGUGUACCUUUCAGUGGGGCACAGGGAGUCUCUCAGCCCCUCAUGCCUCCUCCUUCCAUGCAGUACUUCCCUCCAGUGUCUAUACCCUCAACUCUACCCCAGAAAAUUUUGACUUCAAAAUCCAUCCACGAUUUGGCCGCCUCACGUCAUUACAGCAUAAGGCAGAUCCUGGAUGCCACCCCAAGGUUCUCAAAAGGUACUCUGCCAGGAGCAGGGGGCAUGGGAGGUGGUCUCCCAGGAGGACAACAGAAUCUAGGACCACAGCCUCCUCCCUUAGGUGCAGGACCUCCACCCUUACCACAGCAGCCUCCUCUAAUACAGGGCAACACACCUCCACAGCAGGGAUUCUAUCCGCUGCCAUACUCCAAUGCGGUUGGAAGUGGAGGCGUAUCAACAGCAGGUUUCAUAGGAGCUCAGCCCACAGCCCUCCUCUCAUGGGUUAGAGCCCAGGGCCCUCACAUGGUCCAACCUUCCCCACAUCAGCCCCAGCUGCCUCCACCACCUACCUCACAACCACAGCAACAGGUUCCUGGACUUGUUGGUGGCCAGCAGGUGAACAAUAAUGGAUCUAUGAAUUACUUGUUGAGCACAUAUCGUGUGGGUAUGUUGGCACUGGAAACUCUGGGCAGGAGGGUCCAUGAUGACAGACCACAGGCAAAGUAUGCCAGAAACCCACCCUAUGGAGAGGAUGUCAAGUGGCUUCUGGGAGUGGCCAAGAAGCUUGGACAACAGUAUCUUCAUCAGUUCUGCAUGUGUUCGGUGAAUAGUGUGGUUUCACCCUUCGUGCUCCAGGAACUGUCUGUGGAGUCGGCCCAGUAUCUAGCUCGCCACUCGCCGGCCCUCUUCUCACAGCAGCUCCGGUCUCCAAUUCUGCAACCACUUGUACAGAAAUGUCAACAGAUGUUCAUCCAAUGUACCCACCUCAAGAUGUAUUACAUAACCCCAACUGAAUAUGAUGAGUUUAUCUCCAUCAUCCGAGCUGCUCGAUCUGCCUUCCAAAUGACACCAGGUGGAAUGGUCCAGUUCAAUGAGCUACUGCAAGCAUUGAGAAGGUCAAAGUCAUGCAAGAAGGAAUUGUGGACCAGAAUCACAAAUGCGCUGCAGCAGCCAACUCCCGUAUGACCUCAGGCCAGCUUAGGACCUGCGGGAGACAGCUGGGGAAGUCCUGCCAUGGGGAGACGGGGAGCAGCAGCAUCCACAGACUAGGACACGAUGUAGAAGACUUGCUCGUUGCGGAAAAUUUGGCACACGCAAGCUACAUGCGUCUUCGGUGUACUGUGACUGGAAUUCCUUUGUGUUGAUUAGGGUGUUUGUGUGUGUUUCUCUUUCUCACUGCAGAGGUUGAGAAGUUGACUUUGCCUCAUAGUUUUCUGUAAAAUUUUGAUGUAAUGAGACUUCCAAACAGAGGUGGCUGCCACUUGUGAAAGUGAUGUGCUAGGGUGAGAUUGUCUAACCAAAAAAAAAAUAAAAUAAAAUAAAAUAAAAUAAAAAAUAAAAAAAUACAUGUACAUAAAUAUAUAAAAAAAAUACUAUAACAAGGAAUUUUUUAAAAAGUAAGAAAGUAUGAAAGGAAUAAAAUAUAUGAAAAUGUA